AUGGCCGUUUCCUUCCUGAGCCAAACUGCUGCCACUUUGCUGAUCGGUUUGCAGAUGGGCCGCCGCAAGCUGAAACCGAACCGCGAAGGCGAGGCCGGCGGCAGAGAAGGACAAGCUGACAAGGGCCUGUCUCCGGAUGACAUCCAGGAGGCAUAUCGGCGCCUAGAGCAGCGUGGAAGUGGAGGCCCGGGUGGUCGCCAAUCUGGUCCUGGCCAGGGCGGCGGCCCCCAGCCGCCCGGUGGCCCGCAGCCGCCGAGUGGGCCGCAAGCUCCCACCGGCCCUGCAGUGCCCAGCUCACCGCUGCCCCCGCGGCGACCGCAACUGCCUGCGCCGACCUACCCAAGUCCCAGUCCGGGCUAUCAGGCGAUGCCACCACCGUAUCCCAGCGGUAGCCCUUAUCAGGCACCACCGGUGCCACCUUUCGCCAUGCCGCCCAUGCUGUACCAGGGAUAUCCACCGGAACCUCCGUCUGGCGGGCCUUGGUGGGCUUGGCUUCUCGGGGGUCUUGGUGCAGGCUUGGUCGGGACCUUUUUGGUGAACCCCUUCAAGCCGGAGGACUUCAAUUUCUCGGAGGCUUCAUGGCUCUCGGACGGGAGCCUUCCGGCGCCCAAAAGCGCAGAGCCGCUGGAGUCCGGCAAGUCUGAUCCCACCCCUCAGCCUGACGGAAAGGCAUCUCUGGAAGAGCUCCUUGCCCUGCUGAGAAAACAGAGUGAAGAGGCCAAAAACAAUGUCGAGAUGUGCGCCAAGACCUUGCAGACUACACAGGAGCAACACCAGAAGAUGUUUGCAGAGAUGCAAAAGGCUCUGCAGACUGUGGUGGCGCAGAAGAGCUCCAAGCCGCAAACAAUGGAGCUCUCUGCUCUCAUGCACGUCGUUCAGCUGACAAGUCAGAAAGAAGGGCGGCCUGAAGAGGACGUGUUGGCUGAGUUCUCAACCCCGGAGGGUAUGAAAGCUUUCACCGAAAUGAUGAGCAUGGCUGCUGGAGGAGCUGCAGGCAGCCUCCGAAAGACCCGCAUGCUGGCAGAAGCGACCGGCAGAGUGGGAAUGUACAUGGACUGCCUCGGCGAGCACUGCCCCUGGCUGCUUGAAGAUGAGAAAGGUGCUUCGGAUGAUGGGGAACACGGAUGUCUGCUGAAAGACUGUUCCGGCAAUCUGCAGCGAGUCUAUUUUGCCCUGGAUCUUGCCAGUGCCACUGGCUUCUACGCCAGCCGCUUUGCCGUGUGCAUGCCAGAGGUGAAGUGGUAUGCCACGGAACAAAUGCUGGAUCCAGCAGAUUAUGUGGGGACCAUGAUGCUUGAGGAUUGCGUCGAGUACAUGACCACAGCUCCGGAAAGUCCUGCGAGAUCGAGAAGCCAGAAGAAGUCUUUGAUGGAUGACGACCCCGCGAACUCCGACGAAGACAUGGAGGACUUCGACGGCUUCCUGUUGUCCCUGGGCACGGAGCCUAGCCGCCAGGCAUCCGUGCUGCUCCGCGGCCGUGUUGGCUGCGUGGAUGUCACCGAGGAUGCUUGGGAGGGUGUGCAACACCUGCUGGGCAGAUGUUCGGCGUUGGUUUGCACCUCCUUGUUAACGCAGGUCGGAUACAAGGAGCCUUAUAUUUGGACGGAUGUGUUGCAAGGGGCCGCUCCACUGCUCGAGGAGGGCGGUAUCCUGUUGCUCUAUGACUCCGAGAAGUGGGGUGACUUUGCAAACGUUGGCAAGAUGAGCAAAUUCAUCGAAGAGCAGCAUCUGGAUCUGGAGUUGGUCGACAAACAGGAGCCUGUCGACUACUCAGGCGAUGUGGACGGACGGAUGUUCGUCCUGGUCUUCAAGAAGACGAAGCGCACUGCUCGCAAACCAAUCACAUGGCUUCUGCAGCGAGCAGAAGACUUCAAGCAGGCUGGAAACAGCUAUUACAGCAACCCGGCGAAGCGCAAGCACCCGGAGCAAGUGGUCUGCUCCAAUCCACGGGUUCAGGUGCUGUGGAAAGCCGUGGCCUGCUACGUUCAGGGUCUGGACUGUCUAACGAUGGUGAGGUCUGCCCUCUACGAGCAGGAGCAUGACAUGGCAUCUGGGACGGCUACCGAAAGAGAGAGGCAACUGAAGCUCCUGUCCUCCAGGCUGUACUGCAACUUGGCGGCUGCAUACCUGGAAUUGGGCCCGACGGCGCAAACUUACCAGCACGCACUCAAAGUUGUGAACUUAGCUCUGGAUUGUGCACCAGACUGGGACAGGGCAAUUGAGCGCAAGGCUAAGAUUUGUGAGGUGCUGCGCACGCAAAGGCAGGGCGGCGACUAG